AUUGAUCGAAGAGAAAGCACUGAUCGAAUCAUUGCAGAAUUAUAUUACUUCUUUAUCAGACGAAGUGGAAGAUGCGAAAGAUGCGCUUUUCAGCGAAAUUGAUUAUGAAUCAUUUCCAAUGGAAUGUGAAAUGAUUGUCAAAAUGCAAACUCAGAUCGAAAUUGGGAAAAGGAAGUGUAAACAAAUUAACAAACGUAUAGAAAAUUGUAAAAUGCAACAGUCGAUAAUGAGAAAACAAUUAAAUGAAAUGAAUUUACGUAUUGAAGAAAACAACAAAUAUAAAAUUGAUCUUCUUCAGCGAAAGGAAAAAGCUGAUAGGAUUGCUUCGUACUGGAGAAAUCGAAUAGUUCAACAAGAAUCGAAUAACAACAAUAAUGCAUCUUCACAGUUGAAUGUUGUAAUCAAUCCGAUAGACGUGAUUUUAUAA